GACAGCAAAGAAAGAAUUUCAUUGUACAGGAAAACGUGUUUCCUUACUGUGUACAUGACAAUAAACUUUGAACCUUGAACUUGAAAUCAAAUGGUAUACUGCCCACUCCCAUGCUCUGCUACUCAAAUUGAUUCAAGAGACAGUAUUCACCACUUUAGGUUGAAUCGAUAAAAAUGUAGCUUCUUUAUUCACUCAAUCAUGCCACUAUUGAGCAAACACCCAUGGCUUGCGCUGUACUCUCUCACUGUUCAAAACCACAGGCUCUAAAGAAACAUACACUGACACACCUGCUAAAUCCACCAUGCAGAAAUGCAAAGGACAAGCAUCAAAUAACCAAUUGGGACGAACCGUAAAUAAUAUAUUCUUAAAGAAGCAGGUUUACUACACACAGUUCACACAUAAGUCCAUACGCAAAAAACAUUACCUUUAAGAUACUAAUAUUUUUUUAGGUCUUGUGGUCAUGGGCACAAAAGAAUAGAUGGAAACUAAGGAUUCCGUUUACAUUUGUAUUUAUUUGCUUAGCAGACGCUUUUAUCCAAAACAACUUAAUUAGAGUUUAUCAUAAUUAAGUACACAUCAUUCUGAGGGACCAUUUGUGAACAAGUGUUACAGGACAAAGUUACAAAAUUGAUCACUACAAGUGAAGAGCUUAGAACAAAACACAAGGUGGUUACAAUUCCUAGGUUACAAAACAUAAUUAGACAAAAUUUCACCAAACAAGAGAGUCUUAAAAUUUUUCUUAAAUAAUUGGUUAUGUGUGGAGUUGUGAAAAAGCAAUUAUUUAUAUGACAAACUGCAUGUACUUCACUUUAUUUUCUACAAAUCUAGAUAUUGCCAAAACUAGACAUAUAAUAAAACACUGCUGGCCUUCAUUUAAGUAAUAUGUUGAAAUAAAUCACAAAGCCUUCAACAAUAUAAUACAAUAAGACAAAGACAUUGUGUAUACUGUAUUUUAACAUAUUAUUUUAUUACAGAUUUAUUUACAGUGACUAAUUGCAUAACUCAUUUGGAAAAACAAUGGUUUUGAGACACAAGCAGAUUUGCAUUAAUGUACACAGUAAAAGUUGUUAUGUAUUUGUAAGGCACCUCAGGUUCGAUUUAUCUAAUCUUAGAAUCUAUUGAUUGGUAGCUACCUGAUUAUGAUUUAUCUGGUGCUUUGCAAGAAAAGUAUAAAUAUACUAGAAUCAAAGAAUCAUUCAAAACAUUCAGUGGGAAAAAGUGCAUAUGAAUACCAAUGUGCACUUAUAUUGUCAUUAGAAGCACUGCUGCUGACUGGAGUUUUUGUUUUCCUCUAUUCCAUUGCCAACCGAUUAUCAUUCAACAAUUAUGUUAAUAUAUAGAUAUUGUAUGGUAUUAUUUACGUUACUCAGUCUGGAACUGUUUUUUUUGUCCAGUGUGUUUAAACAAAUCUGUGUUUUUAUGUGUAUUCAUUAAGUAAUUAGUAUUUUAGAAAGUUUGUAAUUGCAUUAAACUGAAUUUGUAACUGUGUUAUGAGUCUGCAUUCAGUGUAGAGUGCUAUACAAAUUGAAACUGAAUUGAAUGCUUAUUCACUCCUAGGAUCACCAUGGCAGCACAGGGCGCAAGGCCAGAACCAACCCUAGACUGGGCACCACACACAGGGGUUGUGUGUGGGUGUAAGUAACAGUAGUAGUAUUAGUAAGACAGUAGUGACAGCUUGUACCUCACUCAGAAUUCCAUAGAUCCAGCUUUGAUUUCUUGAAUGAUUGCUAUCUAUAAACAUUUUGUUAAGACAGUGACUGUCAAUUGGCCAACUGUGGAUGUGUGCAUGAGAGAGCCUAGUUGGCUUCUGCCUUGCAUUGGAUACUGCUCACAUAUUGGCAUAUUUUUGCCAAAUUGUAACCCAUAGAAGAAUGAAAAUGAGUAAAAUCCAAACUUUAACUAAAGUAAAUUUAUUCUGGAAAAAAUAAUUCCUCUUCAAGGUAUAAUUAUUUUAACAAAACCACACAUGCCAAUUAUUAUUGGCAAAACUGCAUUUAUUUUUUGUACAACCUCCUUUUGAAAGUAAAACAGCACUGAAUCAUUUCCAUAACAUCUUUAUAAGGUUGGAGGAUAUACAGCAGGGAAUCUGGGACUGUUUCUUUAUUAAAAGGAUUUUUUAUUUUCUCAGAAUAAAUUUACUUUUGUUAAAAGUUGGAUUUCUCUGCAUUUUUACAGUGUGAGUUUAAGGUCAUUCACCAAAAGGUGCAUUUUUUAUAACCUUUUUUGACUCGUCUUUACCAGGGGACUGUAGAUACAUUAUACUGUAUAAUCUGUAUUGUUAACUUUACAUUUACUGUUUUGAAUCAUUUCAGUGUGUAAUGCAGAGAUGAGACUUUUCAACAACAAAAUUAUGAAAAUAUAUAUUUUUUUUAAAUAACAAAAAAUAAAACAUCUGUCUGGCAGGGAAAAACAGGUCGAAAACAUCUAACAUUUGAUGUUCAUUUUUUUUUGUCUUUUCUAGACUGGCAGCAUGUUAGGAAUUCUGGAAGCUACAGUGUGUCUUGGGGUAAUUAAAAAUGCCUUGAAUUUAGUCUCAUAUCCUCAUUUUAGAAGCACUGUGAAUACUACAGCAGUGUAUUUCAGUUGUCUUCUAAUAUUCACAGACUUCUGUGUUACAGUAUUUCUGGCCCUGUUACUGCUAUUACACCCAUUAUCAAUACUUCCAGUGACCUCAGACAUCAUCGCUCUCCGAUUCCUCUCCUUCUUAAGUCACACCUAUGGUGCAUUACUACUGCUAGCCAUUCCUCUGAUUGCUACAGAAAUGAUUUGUCGUUUUACGCUGCCCCAUCCACUACUUGAACUGGGGAAAACAGAAGGAGAGUUCCCUAAUGGAUACUGCAAUGUCCUAUUGCAAGCACCAACCUUCCUGUUUGCACUUUUAUCAUGGGUGAUUGCAGCUGAUUACAGUGGCCAGUUUCUUCCUGCUGAAGUGGAUCUUAUUAAUGAUUGUUUCAUCAGGAAUCAAGGAGGAAGUAGCCUAACUCAAUGCAUGCCAGACCUCUACUCUACCUUAUACCUGUAUAAUUUUUACUUGCCACUUGUUACACUAUUGGUGUCAACAACAUUUUCAUUUUGCUAUGUGAUAUUUAUUUACCAUGUAAAAGACAAUAUAGAAGCCAGCAUUCAAAUUCUUGAAAACAGUGGCCAGAUAUGCAUUGAAGCUGAUCAAGUAAAGUCUCCAAGAAUGAACACUUUUUCAUCUCCCAUGAUUAUAUCAAACGAGGAACAACCAUGUACUGUCAAAAGGUAUUUUCUGAAAAGUCUGGUGUGUCUGGUGUGUUUGUUCCUAUUUACACCUGUUCUAGCAUUCAAUACAUCUCUACUCAGUUGCACGGAGGAUCUGAGUUUCUGCAUUUUGACCUGGUUUCACUCAUCCAGAAAAAGCACAAUGUUGAAAACUAUCUUUUAGAACUCUAUCUGGUUUACACAUGGAAAGCUGCUAACACAUGUACUUGCUAAACACAAGGGGAGACGCAUUUUAUGCAGUAAAUACUGCAUGUGCUAAAAAAGCCCUGGCUAAGUGUGAUGUUUUUUGCUGAUGAAAUAGCACAUUUCACAUUUCACUGAAUACAUAAGAAAAACUGGAAUUUUUUCUUAACUGAUCGAAACACAAGGCUACAUAUUUUUUCUACCCAUUUAAAAACAAAACCCGAAUACAAAAUCUAAUAAAGACAUUUUUAACAGAGCUUUAAAUAAAAGUGCAUUUCUGAAGAACAGGGUAACCAGGACAGUGACUUGGGUCUAGAAAAUUGGGUGAUCGGUGCCUUUUACUAUGAUUUUAAUUAACACAAUAAACAUGGAAUACAAUACAAAUUCAAGUAAUUCAAGAUACUAGAUGAUUAGAAGUUUGGUUUGUACUACAUUCUGAAAUAUUUUUAUGCACUUAUUUAAUUUUUCUUCUUUUUGUACAAUUCUUUGUUAUAUUUUCAGGAAUUUACAUACUAUAUAAUAUUUGCACUACAAAGGUCUUUGUGAAAUAAUUCACUAUAAAAGACAAUUUACCAAAUGCACAUUAAUUGUUUGGGCAUCCAUAAAUCUGAACUAUCAGUUAAUCCAAGGAAAAGUCUCAGAAGAGAAGGAGCCUACAGUGUCAGUAGAGGGUAGUAAGCAGGAAACAUCUACACUUUCACUGGGAAAAAACAGUAGUUAAUACCAAACAAUAUAACAUGGCUUUUUGUCGGAAUAUCCAACCAUCUGGUUAUUUUGUUUACAUAUUCAACUUCCUUUUAUUGUCACUGCACUUAGUAAAACGAAAUUGCAGCAAUCCUAAAGGUGCAUUUACAUAUAAUGGACAUAGUUAUAAUACAAUACAAUAGAAUAACUAAAUAUUGCACUUAGAUAUAUUGCAUAUAUGAAAUUAAGUAGAAUAUUAUAAAUAAUAUAAAAAGUGUAAAGAUGCACUUAUAUUGCCAGAGUGACUGUUAUGUUGGUCACUGUCAAUUAUUAUAAGUGCUUAGUGGUUUUCAGUUCUCGUAAGUCUCUGGGGUAGAAACGAUUCUCAAAUCUGUUUGUCCACGAUUGGAUGGACAAAAACCACCUGCCAGAGGGCAGCAACUCAAGCAAGUGAUGUCCAGGGUGGGAAGGGUCUUUCAUGAUUUUUUCUGCUUUUUUGAGUCAGCAAGAGCUGAAGAGUUUCUCCAAAUAGUAUAUUGCAAAAAGACCAGAAGAAAGGCAGGGAGACUGGGGAGUAUCAGCUGAAUCGGGUUAUUAAACUGAGUCCAGAGGGGAUGUUUCUCCCACAAUGAUCAAAAAUAGGAGUGUUAAACAAUGAAAGAAGCUGGUUGGUACCUGUACAAUGAAACACGUUCUUAGAAAGUUAUAAAGAUAAAAACACCUUAUUUCUUGAGAGACUGUCACUCUUGAAACAAAUGUACCUUCAAGAAUAAUACAAAAUGAACAUCUUGACUGCCCAGUCCCCCUAACAAACCAUACCAAGCAAAGUUCAAUACAUGCCAAAGAAAGAGAUGACUAAAGAACUCCCAAAUAAAAUGUAUUAAUUGGGUGAAGGCUAAAAAAACAUCAGGACAUUUGAAUAAUAUCCCUUGGGACGGUGUCAGGUUUAUCAUUGUCAAGUGGAAACUGUAUGGCUCAACUAAUAUAUUGCCUAUUGUAAAAGUUUGCUUUGAUGCCUUUUUUUAAAAGCACUACAGAGAUCUGUAAAUGCUAGCAAAAAAGUGAAUUUCAAACAAAUAUAGCUUGGACAGUAGACAGCGAUACCACAACUGGUAAAAGAAAAAAAACAAAAAACGGUGGGAGUUGAUAAAAUUCUGCUAAUAGAAUUUUGGAAAUCACAGCUUAAGACGGGGCAAUUGACAUUCUUUUAUUGCAUGGUUCUACCACCUGAGGGGGUUCACAACAUACUGAAUUCCUGGAUCUUUCUUUAACUAUGGUUAAUACUGUCUUGUCUGCCUUCCAGUAAUUAGGCAGAUCACAAAUAAGUUCACUUUCUUAACAGAUGAAAUGUUGUUUUGGAAAUACAGAACUGGCCAAUAAAGUCUCUUCUUAUGCCAUUAUUAGCAGCCAAAGUACAGCAAAUUACAAUGAAGUUUCCAUUGGGGCUCUGGAUGUUUACUUGCAAAAUAAUAAUAACUGAUGUAACUUCAUCAAAGUAAAAACAAAACUGAAUUUAUAUUUCAAGUAAACAAUAUUUAUAAACCAUAAUGUAUGCACAAAUAUAAAUUAUUUAUGAUAUUGUUUGUUUAAAGGUAACUGUUUAUGGAAGUAACAACGUGCCUUCAGUUUAAGUUUUCAAAUACUUGUGGUUAACUACAAUUGAAGGUUAAAA